UGGGACGCCGGCGCCUCGAGUUGUGUCUCUGCUUGCCUUCUGGCACAUGAGCCGCGUCAGCUUCGCCUCGGCUCAGCGCCUCACAGCCAAGAAGGAGGACACCCACUCCUGCCGCAUCGGCUGCGAGUCCUUAUGCUGCGGCGUCUUUGACGGCCACGGUGGGCGGAAAGCCGCCGAGGCUGCGGCCGAGCAGCUGGUGCCGGCGCUGCUCGAGGUCAGGGCGCCGUUUUCAGCGCGCGAGAUCGAGGACCGCUUCUGGCUGCUCGACAACAUGCUCGGAGAGACGGGCGUGCCAGACGGCACGACGGCGACAGUGCUGCUGUGCACUGCGGGCGGCAAGAUGGAUGAGUGCACGCACAGCACCGCGGACGGCGAGUCUUCAUGUGGCUCCGGCACCGGCGUCGCCCGCACCGUGUCCUACCACGGCGCUAUCGUCUGCGCCCUCGCGCAUGUGGGGGACAGCACCGCCAUCCGGGUGGAUAUGCGCAAGGGGGGUCGCCGUUCCAGGGGCGGGGCGCUGAUCGCUGCGACGGCGGACCACGCGCCGUCCAACCCCGACGAGGAGGCGCGGCUGAGGCGGCUGUGGGGCGUGCGCCGCGCCCUCUCCUGCCUCAGCGACGGCACGCUCUGGCGGCGGACGAGCGUGUCUGCGCCGUCGUCGACGCGCCUCUCUCGCUCCAGCCA